AUACGUACGAGAAAUAUGAAAAUGAUGGAAAGAAUAAUUAAAAACAAAUAAAGUAGAAGGGUGAUUAUUAAGGGAACGGAAUUAAUAAUAAUAAUAAUAAUAAAAUAAAUGAUAAGGGAGUACUUAUCUGAAGCGUAACUGCCCCUCGUUGGUGAUUGUAACCGACGCAUUCACAAGAGACCGUCAGUCUCCCCACGUCGAACCAGAUUUUACCGGACGGUCGAGUGAUCAUCGUCGGCGCUACGCGAUGGACAUGCGGCGGCGGGCAGGCUUGUAGCAGUCCGGGCAGCGGAUCAAACCGUUGACGUUGCACGCGGUGCAGCUUCGGAACCCGUGCUUCUCCGAGUAGAUCUUGUGGCUGCCGCUGCACUCCUCGCAAGGACGAAUCUCAGCCCUCCGCACAGAUCGCACUCGUUCGAUGUUGGACCGUAUUUUGUGUACUCUUUAUUAUGGGUACCAUUUUGCACUUUGGUUAAUCCCUACUUACCCUAGGUUAAACUGUUAAAGGGUAUUUAUUAGGGUUAGCUCUUUUGUAAUCACCGUACUCUUGAGGCUCGAUUUCUGUUCGGCCAAACUAUAGUGAAACCCUCUCUGAGAGCUCUGCUCUCCGUGGAUUAGUCCCGUUCAUCGGGGAUACCAUGUAAAUCUUGUGUUCUUUCUUUCCGCGUUUCAGCUUAUUUUACAUGGUAUCAGAGCUGUGAUCGAUCUACUGUGAUCAUGGCCGUUGGAGACGAGACUAGUAGCGGUACCAAAGCUGCCGUUGUUGGCGCCGACGACGCUAUUCCUCUCGCAUCUCCUCUUUACUUGCACCCAUCGGAGAACCCUGGCCAACUGUUCGGCAGCGACCUAUUGACCGAUCUUAACUACGGCGAAUGGGUCAAUGACAUGACAGAGGCUCUCGUCGCCAAGAAUAAGAUGGCUCUCGUUGAUGGCUCCUUGCCGCGUUCUGCGGUUGGUACUGGGCCACGCGCUGACGCCUGGGAUCGCUGCGACGCCAUGGUCAAGGGCUGGCUCAAGACUGCGAUGAGCAAGGAGGUCCGCAAUAGUGUUCGUGGAGUUCGGACGGCGCGAGAGAUCUGGUCGGAUUUGCAACAACACUUUGGCACUGGCUCGGCCACUCGUGCUUAUGAGUUGCGGCUCCUCAUUGGUUCUCUUCGGCAGGAGAAGCUCUCCGUCUCAGCAUUUUAUACGAAACUUCGCACCUAUUGGGACGAGUUACAGACCAUUAGCAUCAACCCUAAAUGCAGCUGUGGCGGGUGCACGUGCGACGUGGCCAAACAGACCCGUGAGAAGCUCGAGACGGAGCGGUUGUUCGAUUUCUUACUCGGUUUAGAUGACGUGUUUGCUGUUGUCCGCUCGCAGAUAUUGAGAAUGAAGCCCGUCCCUUCACUCGCCGAGGCAUAUCAGCUGGUUGCUGGCGAAGAGCAGCAGAAGCAGCUCACUGCAGGCAGACGUCCCUCGGUCGAGUCGGCCGCAUUCCAGGUGCGCGAAGAGCAAUCCAAGUCCGCCUCCUCAGCUGAACGUCCCACUCGCUGCAGUCACUGCCGCAAGUUGGGGCAUACUAAGGAGAUGUGUUAUCGGUUAAUUGGCUUCCCAUCUGAUUACGGCAAGACGAAAUCACGUGAUUCUGAUCGUCCUUCAUCCGCGCGCAAACCUCAAGGCGAGGCAGCAACGAGGGCGGCUCAUGUUGACAACGAGGAUAGCCCGAUCCCAGGCUUGAACAACACUCAAUUCGCUAGCCUCAAACAGUUUUUCAGCUCUCCCAUUCCAGCUCCUGAUCCGACAGCUCAUAUGGCGGGUAAUUUCACUGAUCCUUCCGAAUGGCUUCUCGAUUCAGGUUGCAAUGAGCAUAUUGUUUGUGAUGCUAGUUGGCUUGAUAAUAUUGACCGUAGUGGUUCACAUUCCCCGGUCCGGAUUCCUAAUGGUCGCUAUAUUCCCGUUGAAGGGGUGGGUUCGGUGCAACUUAAUGAUCGUCUUAUCUUACGACGGGUUCUCUAUGUUCCCGAUUUUAAAUGCAACCUGCUCUCAGUUAGUCGUCUCACUCAAGAUAAUGCUAUUGCUUUACUGUUCUUGGCUGAUUUUUGCAUCAUCCAGGACUCACGUUCCAAGACAGUGAUUGGACUGGGUCGCCUCCGUGAUGGUCUCUACUACCUGCAGUGGGAUGCGACGGUGUCUUCAGUUCAUGGUCCUGGCGUUGGCGCGUUUGCGGCUAGUUAUGGCGAGCACUCACUUUGGCAUCGUCGUCUGGGUCACCCCUCCGCAGAAAAGCAUUCUUUGUUACGUGGAGUUCUGGGUUCGGCAGUUUCUGGUCCAGUCAAGUUGCAUUGUGAUUCUUGUUUGCGUGCCAAACAGACGCGCUCGGUUUUUCCUUCUAGUUCGAUUACUACUCGCGGUUGCUUCGAGUUGAUUCAUGUGGAUAUUCGGGGGGGAUAUAAGACCCCUUCCUUGGAUGGUUCUCGGUUUUUCUUAACUGUGGUUGAUGAUUUUAGCAGAGCCACUUGGAUUUAUUUGCUUAAGUACAAAUCUGAUGUUGAGCAGCAUAUUCGUUCUUUCUGUCAGAUGGCUGCCACUCAAUUUGAUUGUUCGGUUAAACGGAUUCAGGCCGACAACGGGAUGGAGUUUCAGACUACUUUCCUUCGCUCGUAUUAUGCCGAGCAUGGUAUCCUCCUUCAGACAUCUUGUGUCAAUACCCCACAGCAGAAUGGUGUGGUAGAGCGAAAACAUCGGCACCUCCUUGACACUGCACGGGCUCUUCGAUUUCACGCAGGCCUUCCGGUUCGUUUUUGGGGUGAGUGCGUUCUCACGGCUACUUAUUUGAUCAAUCGUCUCCCCUCUUCGGUUCUGGCUGGUAAAACACCUUUUGAAGUGUUGUUGGGACGUGUGCCUACCUACACCCACCUCCAUGCUUUUGGGUGUUUAGCAUAUGCGAAGGAUACCAGUUCGGGUUUGGACAAAUUUGCACCUCGGGGCCGCCGUGGCGUUUUUGUUGGGUAUCCUAAUUCCCAGAAGGGGUAUCGGAUCUACGAUCUUGCUUCUCGUCGCAUUAUCACGUCCCGCGACGUACAUUUCGUUGAGUCCGAGUUUCCUUUCCUCCGCCCUACUGCUGAGCUUCCCUCCAACACUACUUUGCCGGCUGUUUCUCCCCUUUCGGCUGUUGAAGUUGAGGGGGAGCUUGACCCGAUGGUUUUGGAGCAUGCCCAAGUCGCCGAGGACGUCCACGAGAGCUUUGAUGUUGGUGAUGUCUCUCCCUCGCCUCUGCAUGGUGUGCAUGGGGCUUCCGACGUGGAGGAGCCGGACGCGUCAUCUGAUUCUGCGCCAUCAGCGACCGCUCCCCUCGACCCCCCUCCUGCCCCGCGUCGUGGGGAUCGCAUUCGCCGGCCACCGAGUAAGCUCGCCAUUUAUGACGUUGACUUACCGGGAUCUUCUUCUCAUGCUGCUAGUGGGUCAUCUUUACCUCCUGCCAGUCAUCCCAUCUCUAAUCACGUGAGCUAUCACCAUUUUUCUUACUCCCAUCGCGCAUUCCUUGCCGCUAUCACCCAGGUUGUUGAGCCUCGCCAUUUUCGCACGGCUGUUCAGUACGCUUGUUGGCGCGAGGCGAUGAUUAAGGAGAUCACGGCUUUGGAAGCCAAUGGUACUUGGACCUUGGAGUUCUUGCCCCCAGGCAAGCGGGCUAUUGACUGUAAAUGGGUUUACAAAAUCAAGUAUCAUCCUGAUGGCUCUGUGGAACGGUAUAAGGCUCGUCUUGUAGCCAAGGGCUUUACCCAGGUUGAGGGUGUGGAUUUCCAUGACACCUUCGCCCCGGUAGCCAAGCUUGUUACUGUCCGUGUUUUAAUUGCUGUUGCAGUCAGUAAGGGCUGGCCUCUUCAUCAGCUUGACGUUAACAACGCUUUUCUUCACGGCGAUCUUCAGGAAGAAGUCUAUAUGAAACUUCCUCCAGGUUUUGCAGCCAAGGGUGACACUCGAGUUUGCCGCCUCCGACGUUCUCUUUAUGGUCUUCGUCAAGCAUCCCGGAAUUGGUACUCCAAGUUCACCCUCGCCCUUGCUGAGCUGGGGUUUGUGGCCUCUCGGGCCGAUCCUUCGCUUCUUCUCUAUCAUCGUGGCGCCAGCUUCGUCGCCGCCCUCAUUUAUGUGGACGAUGUUGUCCUCACUGGCAAUGAUGACGCUUUCAUCUCUCGUGUUAAGUCUUUUCUUGAUGACAUGUUCAGCAUCAAGGACCUUGGCCCUCUCAAGUACUUCCUGGGCAUUGAGGUAGCUCGUUCUCCUGCCGGGAUUAUACUUAGUCAGCGCAAGUAUACUCUGGAUAUCCUGCAUGAUGCCGGUGUUGCUGGUGCUCGUCCGAGUUCUUUUCCCAUGGAACAGAAUCAUACCCUCACUCGCCCCGGUCCCGCCUCUGAUGAGGUUGUUGAUGCGAGCUCUUAUCGUCGCCUCGUUGGGCGUCUCUUAUAUCUCACUGUCACGAGACCUGACAUCACCUAUGCCGUUAAUGUCCUGAGUCAGUUCGUUCAUGCUCCUCGUCCUGAACACGUGACGGCUGCUCAUCGUGUCCUUCGGUACCUCAAGACUGCUCCAGGUCAGGGUCUGUUCUUCCCUUCUGAUAGUUCUUUGACUCUGACAGCUUACUGCGAUGCAGAUUGGGGUGGUUGUCAAACCACUCGUCGUUCCACUACUGGUUACGUUGUUCAGUUAGGGAGUGCUCCGAUCUCGUGGCGUACUAAGAAGCAACGUGUGGUUGCCCGCUCCUCUGCCGAGGCUGAAUAUCGUGCCAUGGCUAGUGUGGUUAGCGAGGUUGUUUGGCUCCGUUUUCUUCUUACAGAGUUGGGGGUUCCUCAGUCUGCACCCACUCCCUUAUACUGUGACAAUCAGGCUGCUCUCCACAUUGCCGCCAAUCCUGUCUUCCAUGAACGCACUAAGCAUGUGGAGAUGGACUGCCAUUUUGUGCGAGAACGUGUGGUCACUGGUGUGGUUGAUCCUCUGAAAAUUGCCUCUUCCUCACAGUUGGCGGACAUCCUCACCAAGGCCUUGGGUGCUGAUCAGUUUCACUCUCUUUUGUCCAAGCUGGGCAUUUGUGACCUUCAUGCCUCAACUUGAGGGGGAGUGUUGGACCGUAUUUUGUGUACUCUUUAUUAUGGGUACCAUUUUGCACUUUGGUUAAUCCCUACUUACCCUAGGUUAAACGGUUAAAGGGUAUUUAUUAGGGUUAGCUCUUUUGUAAUCACCGUACUCUUGAGGCUCGAUUUCUGUUCGGCCAAACUAUAGUGAAACCCUCUCUGAGAGCUCUGCUCUCCGUGGAUUAGUCCCGUUCAUCGGGGAUACCACGUAAAUCUUGUGUUCUUUCUUUCCGCGUUUCAGCUUAUUUUACAUUCGAUGCUUGACGGCCGUCGGCGGAAACAGCCCGGCGAUGAACGACUACAACUCCCCGCUCUCGUGGAGCUCUCUGAUCUCGUCCAGCCCGACGAUGCACCUCCCGCCGAUGAGAACCACGGGAAGCGUCACCUUACCGGAGGUUCCGAGUAUCUCCUGCACCUCCCCUAGGUAAUUGCCAUCCAUCGACAAAUCUCCAGUGGUUACCUGUAGAAAUCGGAGGUUGGGCCGACGAUUUCUGAGGCCUGGACGUCUACGAGCGCUGAGAGAAGCCAGAUCCGGAAUAGGCCUUUAUCUUCCGACGACGGCGCAUACAUGGAGAAAGAGACGGCAACGGCGGUGCACCAACGACACCCAUUCUUCUGUAGUCGCCACUUGCCUCCUCCAACGGCGCAUACAUGGAUGCCAUUUUUUCCGCUUUUGUUUGUGCAGUCCGGUAGUUUGCUAGGUGGGACUUCGAAUAUAGUGACCGCCGGUCGGGUAGCGGGUUGUGGUUCGGGUUCGGAAAUACAUUGGGCUGAACAAUUGAUGGACCUGGUUUGGUAGUUGAACUAAGCAAGGCCUGAAAGUUCAGAUUAUUGGCCCAAACCGAUACAAUUGGGGAGGACGUGGAUAGCUGAACUCUAGGUCAAGGAUACGUGACAAUGUUCCUACACCAUAAAAUUACUAAAUAUACUUACACAAUUCAAUUAUGUGCCAUCUUGAUACACAAUAAUUCCAUUGGUAAAAGAAGUCAUAGAAAACCGAGUUAUAUAUGUAUAAAAAAAUGAAUUCGACAUCCCUCAUUUAUUAAAUAAAAUAUAAUUAUUUUCUCUGUAAUGCAACUCAUUUUCUCCAUUUAUUAAGUCAUCUUCCCAUCUUUCAUGCAAACUUAUUAAUGAUAGUGUCUUUACUUUUUGUCUAAUGCAAUUCUAUUUUUUUUUUAAUUUGAACAUAAUUCCAUUUUUGUGUAAUGUGUGCAUGAAGAUAGAAAACCUUUGAUUAGAUACAUAUGCAUAACCUAAAUAAUAAAUCAACUUAUUAACCAAGUUUCAAGAUUAAACAGGUCUCAUGGUUGAAAUUCAAAUAAAAUUUUCAAUAACCUACUUUAAUCAAUUGGACUGUAUCUUUUUUCAAUUUAAAAGAAUUUCAUACAGAAAAAUGAAUUAAUUGUGAUAUACACAGAGAUAUCCAUUUAUAUACUUUUGGUCAACAUUUUGUAGAGUUUAUUUAAGUUUCUUAUGCAAAACUAUGAGAAAGGAGAGGACAAACCUCUUUGGUAUUAUAUCAAGUAAGGAGAUCGAAAACGGCUGCUGCAUGCAUUGUCACCAGCUGAAGUCCGAGCUGAUCAACAACAGAUGGAGGUGAACUGGGCCAAGGAGAAAGGAAAUGCAAGUGGCUCGAAGUCGGAGGAUGGAAGGGAAACCCAUCUUUAGGCUCGAAAGCACAUGUUGUCUGCGCUAACGAGCAUUCCAUUUGGAAAUUCUGUUGAUGUUGUCUCUUGCAGGAAAACACAAGCUUUUUCGCCUUCUUUUUCUGUUUCAUUGUGUGGAAACAUUCGAAGGAAACCAAGACUUUGUAUGUGACAAACCUUCCUGGAACAAAGGAGCUCUGUUGCUCCCCAAUCACCUCGUUUAUAACCCUUUUCAAUCAAUUGGCCACAAGCUUAGACUUGAUCUUAUAAAGCCCCUUGCAUAAAUGGUUUGGUGUAAGUUUGAUCUUACUAUUCAAAUUCAGUUUGGUUUGUUGUUUUAGUGUGUUUCAGGUCACCAUGAGUAAAUUUGAUGAUUUUCAGACAAAAAAAUGCACUGAAGAUGGGAAUUGCGAGUUCGGAACGAUUUGGAGAGCAUUUGGAUGCAAUUUUAAAGAUGAAUUAGGAGCCCAACACGGCCCAGGGAAUGGCACUAUUGUAAGGCGUGCUCGGGAAACAAAGAACCCUAUAAAUCUUGAAGAAAAGAAAAAAGAUAAAAUAGUGACGAACUAAGCAUCGGCUGGAGCACGAUCAUGGCCCGAGGCCAUGCCCAGUCUUAGAUUUUUCCUAUUUAAGUUGCGAUUAGGAUUUCUCUAAGGGGAUUGUUGCUAGACUCGGCCAAAAACCUAAAUUUUGAGAUAGGGGGCAUGAAAAGAGGGGUUUCCUGGAGCUAAACACCAUUGGACUCAAUUGGGAGCGAUCAAUAACAGUUUAUACCACGGAGAUUGCCUAGUCGUCUUUUUCUUCUUUUAUAUUUAUUUACACACCCCUCGUGAACUAAUCACCCUUUUUGCUUGGGUAUGAGGAAUCCUAGUUUUUGAAUGAAUAGUUGUAUGAUACCUUGAUUCUUUUAAACUCAUAGUUUAUAUCCAAUCGAUGCAAAUUUAUUGAAUUGUUUGAGCCCUCAUCACGUUUUUAUGAUUUUUGCUUUAACCUAGGAGGCAUAGGUUGAUAGAGUAGCAUUGAUUGGAAGUGGGGGAUUGACUACACGAGAGUGAGUUGAUUCAAUGCUCUAUAUUGAGUGCGAUUUAAUAGAGAAAUUCUAGUUUGUAUUUCCGUGAUAGCCUAUUCUAGUUGAGGAUAAAAUUCCUCUAAGUAAGCUAGUCAAGAGGGUACUGGUUGGUUUAAUCGAGAUUCAAGCUUGCUAAGGACUUUUUCGCAGUAUAAACAAGAGUGAAGACGAAUUUGAAGAUCGUCUAUCAUUAGUUCGAUAAGAGGUAAUCAAUGCCUCGAGUAGUAAUCUUUGUCCAUCUGAACCUUAGUCAAUCCACUUAUUCAAUUGUUAGUUUUAGUCGUUUAAAUCAAUAGUUCUAAAUCUAUUUUGCUAACUAAUAGACUGAACCUAAAUGAGUGGAGCUUGGGGCUAGGUAUGUUUAUUUUUAUGAGAGAGAAUUUCUAAUAGAUACUAAAGUAAAUUUAAUUUUAGUCCUUGCAUUUUUGAGUGGAGCUUGGGGCUAGGUAAUCAAUGUCUAAAAUGAUU